AUGCGUCAGCUUCGCCCGGGGAAGAAGGCCGAGGGUAUGAAGGACCCGCGGCUGCCAGGCCGCACGAGAUCGGGCACGAGGCACAGCACAGGGCUCAUCUCGAUGCUGGACAAGAACACUCUGGUAUCGAUGCUGGAGGCCCAGAGCGCGGUGGAGGAGGAGCGCAGGGAGCCGGGGGGAGCGGGGACCGGAGAGCCGGGGGGAGCAGAGACCGGAGAGCAGGGGGAAGCCCUCGCAGCCGUGGACCUGGGGCUGACGAUUUCUCUGCAGACUUUCACGGAUGAGCUAGCAGCAGAGUAUGGAGUAGCAGUGGGUACGAGCGUUCCCAUGUCUUCGGGGGUCAAGCUUUCUGACUUUGAUGCGGAUGAAGAGGCGACAGAUUUUCCGUUUCGUGAGCUAGUAGGAUCUUUGAUGUGGCUGGCGACUCAGACUAGGCCAGACAUUGCGAAUGCAGUAAGGGCAGUAGCUAGAUAUUGCGCGUCUCCGAAGCGGGUGCACUGGGAUGCAGCGAUGGGUAUAUUAGGGUAUGCGAAGAGGACGAGUUACAUGGGUAUUUCAUUUCAGAGAGGUACGGUAGAAGGAUUCAGCUUGCAGGGAUACGCUGAUGCGGACUUUGCGAGCAAGGCAGCAGACCGUAGGUCGGUAUCAGGGGGGAUAGUAACAUGCGGAGGAGGCGUUGUGUCUUGGUUUUCCAGAACGCAGAAAUGCGUUACGCUUUCGACAACAGAAGCAGGGUAUGUCGCGCUUGGCGAUGUAGUGAAGGAGAUUUUGUUUUUGAGGCAGGUUUGGCGAUUUAUGUUGCCGAAGGUCGGCAUGCCGUGCAUCCCCGUCUUCGAGGACAACCAGGGGGCGAUUCAACUAGCGCAGAACCCCAUCUCAAACUCGAACUCGAAGCACAUUGAUGUAAGGCACCAUUUUCUCAGGGAACUGGUAGAGAGGAAGGAGAUUUCGGUGAUUCACGUGCCGUCUCCGUACCAGCGUGCAGAUUUUCUUACGAAACGUUUGCCCAAGGAUGCGUUCGAGUCUCACCGUGAUUUUGUGAUGAAUUUGGCAUGA